AUGCAUAUGCUACUAUCGAGACUCUGGAAAUAUUACGAGAUUGAGUGGAAAGGCUACAACACAACAACUUGGGAACCAAGAAUCAACCUGACUGGUUGUAAUAAGAUUCUCAGGGAAUGGCGCAUGCGCAGUAAAAAUCCACACGAAAGAAUUUUAUCCGAGAAAAAAAACCUCAAGCGUAGCUUGUCCGUUCCGGGCGUUCAAAAGGCUCUCAAAAAGAUCAAAGCCGAACUCGACACCCCCGGCGGUUCCAUCGAGGGUUUGACUGAAGGUGCGAUCACCAAGGGUGACCGGGUCGAGAUCGUACAGAAUAGAACACCUGCACGGCGCAAUUCAAUCCCUCAAUUAUCUACUCCUGAUCACCCCGACACGGUAAAAUUCCAAGAGAAACUCGACCAGUUGCCUGGCCCACGAGUCACAUUGGUCAAUACUACCGGCGACGGCGAACACUCUCCGCCGCUGGAUUUCGAAUUAAUACGAGAGUUACGCCUUUCUGAGGAUGUUCCUGUCAAGGAUUCUGACUUCCUAUUUGGGUGUUCUUGCCCAGCAUCUGGGUGCACUGAUCCAACUGUUUGUGACUGCGUGAAGGACCAGAUCCCGCAGCAGUUCGCAUAUAAAAACGGUGUCAUCAUAGCUGGUUUUGAUAACCAGAACGUGAUAUAUGAGUGCAACUCAAAAUGUGCUUGUACCAUUGAAUGUGGCAACAGGGUUGUCGAGCGCGACGACCAAAAGUCACGCUUUGGGUCUGUCGGAUUGAAGUCUGAAGCCCAGUAUUCCCAGUCCAGAUUGCGCUGUCCUGUCGCCCUUCCACGCGGGACAUUCAUCGAUUUAUACCUUGGUGAGGUCAUUGGGGACGAGGAAGCCGUCAGGCGGGCCGAACUAGCCGAUGCCAAAGGAGUCUCUUAUCUUUUUGAUCUUGAUAAAUUCGCCGAGAUGCCGGAGUACCAUCACCAGCUCCAGGCAGAGGGAAAAUUCACAAUUGACGGCGAGGCCUGCGGCAGUAUCGCCAGGUUCAUCAACCAUUCCUGUGAUCCAAACCUUCAGACUUAUGCGGUUCUCAAUGAUUCUUCUGAGAGAAGGAUCUAUAAUCUUGGCCUUUUCACGGGCAGGAGAAUCAGCGCUUACGAGGAGUUGACCUUUUCUUACGCGGAUGCCGACAAGCCUUCAACCACCGACAAGGAGGACACCGACCCCUCCAAGUGGAUCUGCAAGUGUGGCGCAAAGAAUUGCAGAGGAUACAUCUGGCACUGA